GCAAGUUAAACUUUGGCCAGGAGUCCAUUGUCUCCCGUGUCUAUCAUUUAAUGGGAGCUUUGACAUAAUGAAUGAAGGGGUUCCACCUUCUGUCCCCCAGAAAGAGCCGGUCUUAUCAGAGCCAAUCACAGCGCGCAGCAUUGUCUCCUUUGUGCUUUUUAAUGAAGUUAACUCUUCACACGAGAGGAGAAACUCUUCUGAGCGCUCCAGACUGGACGAGGAACCUGAACGACAUGGCUGGCUUUCCUCAUCCGGGAUUCGGGAAUUCUGGGAAGUGUUUUCUGAUAGAGAACCUGCUGCGUUCCCCUGUGCCGGGUGUUCGUCCCAGGAGGGUUUCGGGGCCGCUGAAGGACAGGUGUGUGUCUCAGGACGGGGAACCAGGUCAGACACCGUCAGUUAUCAUGAGAGCUGUUUCUCUGCCCCGCUGCUCUGGAUCUGGACCUGUGAUGACUUCUGCUCCUCUGUGCCCUAAGUCUGUUGGGUCUGUGCUGUGGAGCUCCAGGUCUCGGCCGGGAAUCCUGCGAAGGGCCGUGUUUUCUGAGGAACAGAGACGAGAGCUGGAGAAAACCUUCUGCAAGCAGAAGUACAUCAGCAAGCCCGAGCGCAAGCGGCUGGCCAUCGACCUCAGUCUGAAAGAGACACAGGUGAAGAUCUGGUUCCAGAACCGCAGGAUGAAGUGGAGGAACUCCAGAGAGAAGGAGAGCACAUGCACACGACCACAGAUGGAGCGACUGAUGCUCUGGAGCCAACCUGAACCAGACAAAACACACACACACACACACACACACCGGUGCACAGCCCAAACCCUGAGACCAGACGACACAUCAGACGAGAGAACAGACUCUUGAUGC